AUGCAGAUAUACGUGUGCACCCAUGGCUACAAGCGGGUGUCGCGGUCCGGCGGCUCCCGACCGCGACAGAACGUGCGCUACACCGACUGCAAGGCUCGCUUCACGGCGUGUGUGGCGAGCGAGCUGGCAGAAGACGGAGGCGAGGCUCUGUUCAUCAAGGUCACGGGUCAGCACUUGGUCCACACCGACCACCCGUUGAGUCUCGAGCAGUGGCGCAUGUACUCGCAGAACCGCGCGGCGGUGAUCGAGCACCCUUACCUCACACACGAAGCUGAUCUCAUGCGCCGGAUCGGAUCCAACAAGAAAGCCGCACGAGCUCACAUCGAGGCGCUGACGGGCAAAGUGUGCACCAUGAAGGACAUGCACAACCUGUAUGCAAGGCUGAAGAAGCGCGAGAAGAGCAGUAGUGUGAGAGGUGCUCGGGUGGAGCCUAUUCUACAGAGCUUCGUGGACGCAGACAUGGAAAACCACGCGAGCAUUUUAUCGGCCGACGACGGCUCCAACGAGGCCAUUUGUCUAGCUAGUCGAGCCAUGAAGGAGCACUUUCAGGUCUUCCCGGAGCUGCUGAUGUUGGAUGCGACA